AUGAGUCAGGCUUCUUUCAACAUCCAACCCGUGAACCGCUUCGGCGGACAGGGUACUACAAUUCGGCGGCCCAGGGAAGUGACAUGUUUCUCAUACGACCGAGACCGUCAAUUCACAUUGGGAGAAAGUUCUCUGGCCUACUAUUACCCGCCAAAUCUCCCAGCAGACCUGAAUAUCGGCUACGAGACCUUUCAAAAGCUCAACGAUUCUGCGGACGAGCAUCUUGAUGCUUUGCUCGAUACGAUCGUUGCGCUGGAGAGGGAUACGGAAAAGAAAUGCGAGACUGAUAUCAUUACCUGGCGAGGCAUGAUGACGAAGGUUACGCUACUGAUAAAAGCCAGAUUCAUCGAAGAGAACAAUUCGUAUAAAAACGAGCAGAAAGAGAAACAGAAAGCUCAGAGGAUGCCGCCAGGAAUGGCAUCGCAAGAGCGCAUGAUGUACUGGGGUAUGACGCGCGAAAUUUGGAAAUUCUUACCGCCGUUCUUUGCUGACUCUGGCCCUGGCCCUAUCUCAGGUUACAAGUUUGAGGUUCUGUCUGUUUUACACAAGCCUUGGGAUCCUACGACGCGCGCUGAGAUCGAGGGCCGCCAGGAUGAAGUUGUGAACAAUAGUGCUCAAUAUUGUUCGGUGGUUAAGACGGGUAUGGGUAAUGUGCGCAUGAUUCUUGGGGGUGAAGUUGAUGCCGUUUGGGACUGCAAGCCGGAGAAGAAAGAAGAUCCAAUCCACUGGGUUGAAUUGAAGACGUCGGCGGAAAUUCGUAAUGAACGCGACAUGAUGAAGUAUGAGCGGAAGUUAUUGAAGUUCUGGGCACAGUCUUUCUUGCUCGGGGUGCCGACGAUUAUUGUUGGUUUUCGUGAUCAGGAUGGUAUUGUUCGUCGGUUGGAAGAGCUUGAUACGGCCAGCAUCCCGGGCAAAGUCAAGAAGCUUGGAAGGGGCUCUUGGGAUGGUAAUAUCUGUAUCAAUUUUGCUGCCCAGUUUCUUGAAUGGUUGAAACAUACUAUCCAGCAGGAUGGCACGUGGAGAAUACGGAAGCAAGAGAAAUCUUCAGUCAUUGAGGUUUUCAAAGUUGAAGAAUCUGGCCAUGGCGAUAUUCUCUCGUCUACAUUCAGAGACUGGCGAUCACAAGCUCAGGGGACGCAAGCUCAGGAGACACAAGCUCAGGAGACACAAGCUCAGGAGACACAAGCUCAGGAGACACAAGCUCAGGAGACACAAGCUCAAGCUUAA